UAUUAAGUUCUUAUUAAGAAAAUGAGUUGCAUAACUUUUUAUAAAAGCAGAUUUAGGUCGCGUCAUGCUUAUUGUGUAACAUGGACUGGGUCAGCAACAGUUCUUCAGUCAUUGAUCUGGAUCAGGGUAUCUGCCUCAAUGGAUCAUGUGAGUGCUUGUUUUGGGAUGGCUGUUUUUCAGAAUAUAACUUGUGGCUGUGGCAGACCAGUGUUUUCUUACACUUUGACAACUCCAUCUCAAAAUACAUCAAAUUUAAAAAGUUCAAAUAAAGCAAAGGUUUUAACACAAGUAUCCCAUGAAUUGAUCCGUCUGAUUCAAUCUUGUCCCUGUGACGAUGUGGUGAAUGCAAGAUAAGCAAAUUUAAGAUAAUGGAGUCACCUGGUACCUAAAGGUCCUGAUUACCUGAGUCAAUAAAGCCUGGUGUGUGAGGAACUUACGUGCUGUUUGACUUUGAGUUCUGGAGCAACAAUUUGUCAACUCAAACCAGGAGUUUACUUUGACUGAGGAGAUCAAGGAAAGUCCACAGCCAUCAUCUUGUCUUACCACCACUCGCCCUGCUUCAUCACAAUGCCUCAUCGCCACUGCUCCAUUGAGAUUAGCAACAACUCUAACGGCUACACUCUGGCCAACCCAAGGGUGUUCAUUGAAAGCGGCUACUGCGAAGUCCCUUUGCCACCCAUGGUUGGUCCUUGCUCCGUCAUCAAAGCAUUGUUCAACAAGACCACCGGUACUGCCACUGGAGCUGUGGGAGUCUUCACCUACGAUCUUUUCAACGCUGACUUGAACGACUACAACCACACCAUAGCUGUCAUGUUUUCUGUGCCCUAUGACCGAAUCCUCUUCUCCAACUGGUGUGCUGUUGGAAUUUUUAAGAAAGGACAAAACUGUAAUUACAGUCUUUACAAUUUAAUGUAUAAUAGAAAUGAAAAUAAUUUUGUAAGAGCAAAGGCUGAUGGCUCCAGUAUAUCUUAUGAGGGUGAUUAUGUUAUUGUCAGUGCCUCCAUGUCAGAUGGUGGUGAAGCAGUGCUGAGGGUGGACAUUAGUGAUACUGGCAUUUAUUAA